CUGUGUGCAGUUUGAGGCGCUAAUGACUUCAGGCAAGCAGACUGUACAUCUGUGGUGUUGCUGUCUUUGGCUGUUUGUUCCUCAGGAGAUCCCUCCUCAGCCUGAUCCCAACCUGCUGUUGCUAAUGCUUAUUCCACCAGAGCAGAGGAACAGGAUCUGUACACUCGCCACACGCCUGAGACAGCUAGCAGCAGCUGACCCAGCAUCAUGGACGUCAUCUUCCAGUUGCUGUUCUCACCUCUUCCGACCCCAGUGGUUAUCUCCCUGAUCGCGGUCGGUGUUGCGACACUGUUUUACCUCAACGCUCGGCCCAGUCCGGUCCGCAGCCUACCCGACCUCAACCGCCAGACUCUGGGGGUCAAGGAUGGUGCAAGAAAAACAGCCUUGUUGGAGGACAACAACAACCUGAUGUCAUAUCGCUACAAUGAUGCAAAAACCCUCUAUGAGGUCUUUCAAAGGGGCCUUAGAGUUUCAGGUAACGGACCGUGUUUGGGCUACAGAAAGCCUGGGAAGCCUUACCAGUGGCUGAAGUACAAACAGGUGUCUGACAGGGCACAGUAUCUGGGGUCAGGACUCCUUCACAAAGGUUUGAAGCCCAAUUCUGAAACAUUCAUCGGCAUCUUUGCUCAGAACAGACCUGAGUGGAUUAUUGGUGAGAUGGCGUGUUACACGUACUCCAUGGUAGCAGUUCCCCUGUACGACACUCUGGGUCCUGAGGCUCUCGUCUUCAUUAUCAACCAAGCUGGGAUCUCUACAGUGCUCUGUGACAACCAGAAGAAAGCGGAAACUCUGCUUCUGAACCACGAAAAAGGCCAAACUCCAGUUCUCAAAAGUGUUGCGCUCAUGGACUCAUUCAGCCCUGAGUUGAUCGAGCGAGGAAAGAAGUGUGGAGUGGACAUCGUAUCCAUGGAGGACAUGGAGACACUGGGAAAAAAUAACCUUCAAAAGCCAGUACUGCCGAAGCCAGAGGACCUCAGCAUUGUCUGCUUCACCAGCGGCACUACAGGAAACCCAAAAGGGGCUAUGUUGACGCAUGAGAAUGUGGUUGCUGAUGCUGCAGCUGUCCUCAAAACCUUUGAGUCUUCCUUAGUUCCAAUUCCUGAGGAUGUCAGCAUUUCCUUUCUGCCUUUAGCACACAUGUUUGAGAGGAUUGUACAGACGGUGAUAUACGGUGCUGGGGCCAGGGUGGGGUUCUUCCAGGGGGACAUUCGGCUGCUGCCGGACGACAUGAAAACUCUGCAGCCCACAGUUUUCCCGGUGGUGCCUAGACUCCUCAAUCGACUCUAUGACAAAAUUCAGAGUGGAGCCACAUCUCCCUUUAAGAAAUGGCUGCUGAAAUUUGCAGCAGAGAGCAAGUACGCUGAGGUGAAGGAUGGCAUCAUCAGGAAAAACAGCAUAUGGGACAAACUCAUUUUCCACAAAGUCCAGGAGUCUCUGGGGGGCCGUGUGAGGAUGAUGGUGACUGGCGCUGCACCCAUAUCACCAUCUGUUCUCAGCUUCCUCAGGGCUGCUCUAGGCUGCCAGAUCUUUGAAGGAUACGGUCAGACAGAGUGUGCAGCUGCCUGCACCUUUACCUUACCAGGAGAUGCCACUGCUGGUCAUGUCGGUGUGCCUCUGCCUUGCAAUUUUGUGAAGUUGGUUGAUGUGGAAGAGAUGAACUACUUUUCUUCAAAUGGUGAAGGAGAGGUGUGCAUUAAGGGCACAAACGUAUUUAAGGGCUACUUGAAAGACCCAGAAAAGACUGAGGAGGUCUUGGACAAGGAUGGCUGGCUUCACACUGGUGAUAUUGGUAAAUGGCUUCCGAGUGGAGUCUUGAAGAUUAUUGACCGUAAAAAGAACAUCUUCAAGCUGGCUCAGGGGGAGUACAUCGCUCCAGAGAAGAUCGAGAAUGUGUAUGUCCGCUGCGGCCCUGUGGCCCAAGUGUUUGUACAUGGAGACAGUCUGCAGUCGAGUCUGGUUGCCAUUGUGGUACCUGAUGCUGAUGUCCUGCCAGGUUUUGCAAAAAGUCUUGGCAUCCAAGGCGCCAUUGAAGAACUCUGCAAGAACACAGAAAUUAAAAAGGCCAUAGUCACAGAUAUGACCAAACUAGGAAGAGAAGCGGGUCUGAAGUCAUUUGAGCAGGUGAAAGACGUGCAUCUCCACCCUGAGCUCUUCACCAUCGAGAACGGCCUGUUGACUCCCACCCUGAAAGCGAAGAGAGCUGAGCUGAAAGAGCUGUUCCAGCCACAAAUUGACAAACUUUAUGCUGACAUCCAAUAAAUUAACGCUCAAACAGAAAA